AUGAAAAAGAAAGAACUUGGCAUAUUUACAAAGAGAUUGGAGAAGAAACAAAAACCAAAGGAGCCCAAACAACGUCCGCUUGAUUGCGGAGAUGUCAAAACAAAGAAAGAAAACGGAAUCUACAAGAUAUAUCCAAAACAUUCAGAAUUUGGAUUUGACGUGUACUGUGACUUUGAGAUUGACAACACCGGAUGGACGGUGUUUCAGAGAAGAUUUAACGGGAAGACAGAUUUUUACAGAGGUUGGAAUUCGUAUGUAAAUGGAUUUGGAGAUUUGGAAGCGGAAUUUUGGUUAGGUAACCAAAAGAUACAUACAAUCACUAAACAGGGAAACUACGAACUAAAAGUAGACAUAUCCGAUUUUGAUAGCAACAAAGCUUAUGCCAGAUAUGUAACAUUCUCGGUUGGUGAUGUUUCUACCAACUAUAGAUUAACUGUCGCUGGAUACAGUGGGAAUGCUGGAGAUAGCCUGAGUUACCAUAAUGGUCAAGCUUUUACUACCAAAGACAGGGACAACGAUCAAAAGACCAGCGUUAAUUGCGGAAUAGAUAGAGAGGGCGCUUGGUGGUAUAAAUCAUGUGCAGUCUCCAACCUGAAUGGAGUAUAUAUGGAAGGAGAAAAGGGCAAUGCAAAAGGCAUUCAAUGGUAUUAUUGGAAAAAUAACGAUUAUUCAAUGAAGUCUUCUUCAAUGAUGCUUAGGAGACUGUAAAGGCAUUUAUAAGCAUAUCAAAACAAUUACUGCUACAUAAUUAAAGAUAUGUUUGAAUCAUUCCAGAGCGUUUGGAAUUAUAUUAUUCUCUUAUUAACAUAUAUAAGUGCAUGAUCUUUCCAAGCAUCGUGACUAUGGAUUUAGUCUAAGUUGACGAUUUGAUCCUCAGUAUAAAACUUGCUGACAAUUUCUGCAUCGUUUUGCCCAUGCACAUAUGUUUCAUGAUAACAUGUCUUCAAGUAACAAUGAAGGAAAAAUAACAGCGGAAAAUCACAGAAAAAAGUUACAAAUUAAAAAUUACAAGAAUUAUUCGAAAGGUUUGUGAGCACCGAAUGUAUAGCUUGAAUCCAUUUUGCAGUGGAACUAAAAUUUAAACAUUGUAUUGUAUUAUCAUUGGUAAUACUGGUGAAUUGGUUCAAUUACAGUUAUGGUCAUAGGAAGAUAAAUCCAAUUUCAAUGUAACUUAUUGAUAUCUUGUAGAACAGAUACUAGAUUUAUUCACCGUGCACAAUAAAUGUAAUGUUAUUGACAAGUACGGUUAUACAUGUACACAUCAUUUUUGAACUUGAUUGUUUGACUAUAUUUUUCAUUGAUAAAUUUCUUGAAAUAUUCAUGAAUUGGAUGUAUUGAAUAUUGUGCUCAAUGCACCAUGUUUUGUUCAUCUCAAAAGUUGUCACAAAGUUUUGAAAAUAGAUAACUGUCAAGUCAGCAACAUAAGGGUUUUGAUUGCAUGAAUACAAUAUUUACCCCCAAACAUUUAAAUCGACAUAUAAAUGGGCUGGAGAGAAUGUAAAGAAUUUUAAACUUACUACACUAUGCUUUUUUAAAUGUCAAAAGAUAUAAGUCAGUAAAACUAGGAUUUUGAUUACUUUUCAUGCAAUGUUUACCCCCAAAAGGACCUUAAUAUCAUUCAAACCAUAGACUUUCCAGCACAAAAUGUAAAUGAACAGCAUCUUAAUUUCAACAUAUAUCUUUGAUUGUCCGUUAUUUUUUUUUUAUUUUUUUAUUCAAGCGUCCCUGAUGAUUCAUUUGUAGACGAAACAUGCGUCUGGCGUACAAAUUUUAAGCCUGGUACCUAUGACGAGUUUAUUCAUAACCUUUUUUCAUGUUGAUUUACAGUUCUAUAAAAAGAUAUAUAUUGCAGACACA